GCACAAGGCUGGGCUGGGGAUGUGUCACCGGCUCUGUUAUUCCUCCUCUUAGCCAGGAAAAUGGACCGGAGGUCACCCAGCGCCCACUUUGGUGACAAGAAGGGGACAGAGCAGGGUGGCCCCAUCUACAUCAAGCUGUGUGACACCGGCUUGUCAGCCUGACCCCGGCGAUGGAUCCUGGGGAUGCCUGGUCCUGGCCACGUGUCACCGGGCUGGGAGCCAGCUGCCACCUUCCUGUCCCAUAUAUGGGGCACAAACAGCUCCAUCUUCCCGCCGUGCUUCUCACCCGUCUGCCUCCAGCUGCCUCUUGCCUGCUUCCUCCUGCCCAUGGUGUGGCUGCGGCUGGAAAUCUCUCCCCGCCUCGAUGGUGUGCCCAGGAUGCUCGGCGGCGGUGACAACUGGCGGUCGCUUCGUGCUCCAGUCUGACACUGCAGGACUGUGGGCAGGACGCUGGUGUGACGUGGUGGAGACAGAAGGAGGGUGCCAGCAGGGAAGGCACCGGUGACGCUCCCGGCGUGUCACCAGCUCCGUGCCGUUUGUGCAGACCCGGCUGGCACAGCGGCCACUCCGCAGAGAUGUCCCGGCUGCUGCUGUCACCUGGUUCUGCUGCUGCCUGUGUCACCCUCCUGCUCGGCUGUGCCUGGUUCGGCUCUGCCACCCAACCUUCCCCAGUGCCUGUCCGAGGGCGAGCCCUGCUCCGCCUCACGCCCCAGGAGAAGAACCAGUGCUCCGAGGCCUCCGAGGAAGAUUUCCUCAACGGCACCCUCAGCACCCGCCUGCUCCCUGCCCUCUACUCCGUGGUCCUGCUCGUGGGGCUGCCAGCCAACGCUCUGGCCUGCUGGGUCCUGGCCACCAACUUCAGGAGAUGCUCCUGCGCCCUCUUCCUGCUCAACCUGGCCGCGGCUGACCUGCUCUUUGUCCUCCUGCUGCCCUUCAAGAUCUCCUACCACCUCCUGGGCAACCACUGGCUCUUUGGGGACUACCUGUGCCGCACCAUGGUGGCCUUCUUCUACGGGAACAUGUAGAGCUCCAUCCUCUUCCUCACCUGCAUCGGCCUGGAACGCUACAUCUCCGUGGCACACCCGUUCCUGUGGAAGGGCUCCAGCUGGACAAGCGGCAAGGUGGGCAUCUGUGUGGGCAUCUGGCUGCUGGUGGGGCUGGGCAUGAGCCCUCUGCUUCUGCGCUCGCACACACACGAUAUCUCGAGCCUGAACAUCACGACGUGCCACGACGUGCUGGGAAAGGAAACCCAAAAGUUCUUUGGCUACUAUUUCCUGUCCCUGGUGGGGCUGGGCUUUGGGCUGCCCUUCGUGCUCAUGGCCAUCUCCUACAGCUGCAUCCUGGCGCGGCUGCUGGCCAAGGGAGGGAGCCACGGGCAGGUGGUGCGUCUCCUGGCCCUGGUCCUCCUGGUCUUCAUCCUCUGCUUCACGCCCAGCAACGUGCUGCUCUUCAUCCACCACCUGCUGGAGCCCACGGGGUGCAACAACGGCACCUACGUCUCCUACGCCCUGGCCCUGGUGCUCAGCGCCUGCAACAACUGCUUCGAUCCCUUCAUCUACUUCUAUGUCUCCCGGGAUUUUCGGGGCUGGGUCCAGGAUGCUGGAGGCCGCUGCCUGCGGGGGCUCGAGGCCUCGUCGGGGAGGUCCACAGAGAAGACGGCCCUGCCCCUGAGGUCCAGCGGGCAGAGCCAGGACUGCCAGGCUGUGUCCCCCUGCCCCGGGGAGGGGAGAGCCUGAAGCGCGCCCACCAUGAAGGGCUGGCAAUAGACUUGGGCAGAAAAUCCCACCUGGAUCUGAGGUUCACGAGGAUUUUGCCUCAGUUUUGCUCCUCUGAUGACACCAGUGCGCUCCAAUCCCUUGUGUCCCCCAGCUGGCUGCCUGGCACCCUGAUUCCCCCACCUGCCAGAGCCUGGCACCCUCGCCACCCCUCCUGCAGUGGCCAAGCCCUCCAGGGUACAAAUAAACCUUUAUUUCUC